GCGGGCGGUUGUUGGUGGCUCCGUGGCAGGGCGCCCCGUUACGUAGGUUACGCGCACAAUCACUGCCCCGGGGCCGCCCGGAGCCCGCCAAGGCAGCUGCGCCCUCCCAGACCCGGGCACCCCGGAGGCGGGGGCCGCGAUGGUGCGGGUCGGGGGCCCGAGGUGGAGCUGACCAGGCGCUGAGAAGAGCCUGGCCGAGUCCGGGCCAAGCACGAAGCCCUUCCCCGCCCAUCGGGCUCUGGGGUUCCCGCCUGCCGAUUUCCAGUCGUCAGGCUCACGCUUCUCGCUGGAAGCCCUGAACUCCCGGGCCCCCUGCGGGAAUGUUCAAAAAUGAGUACCAGGGAGGUGCAUUUGUUGAAAUCUUCAGUGCCCAGGGAAAAAAUCCUGGAGCAAAAUGGAAGAUCCUUGGCAGUCCAUCUGUGAUUUGGAAAGAGUUUGACAAAGAAGUUAAAAGUUUUGUGUUUGUCCUGGAAGGCAGCAGCCAAACAAACAAAAUUCAGUUACCAAAGGAGAGUAAGCAGAUCCUUGGACUGAUCCAGAGGUUUCUUGUACUUCAGAUUUACAUACCCCUGGGACAAGACUUCUCCACUGAAUUGCUAAUUACUGAUUUAGGGAACAUCAAAAGAAGAUUGUAUUUAUCAACGGUCCAUAAAGAACUGUCCUCAACCCCGCUUCAUGCAAAAAUCCCACUCUUCAUGAUCAAGCGCAAAAUUUGGUGCAAUCUAUGCAUUGACUUGGUGGCAUUUACCAGUGAAAUAUUCAAGGGAGCGGUUUUCCAGUCAUUGGAUGGAAUUAUUGUCUCAGCUAACUGUAAGCUACGGAAGAUCUUCACUUUAAAAUACAAGCCUCAAGACACUGCUGAUAAAGAUGCUGGAUAUGGUGUUCCCCUUCCAACAGAUGAACCUACAGACAUUAUUCCACGAAGCUGCCAACUAACAACAGAUGUUCCACAAGUCACACAGCUGCUAAACAUGACUAAACUCCGCCAAACUGACAUAAAAUUUGGAGAUCAUCCUCUAGGUUCAGCAGAAUCAGAUCAGUUCAUUAACAGAGGAGCAGGCAGUGUACGGAACAGUAAAAAUCAAGACGUUUGCCAUAUUGCCUUUGGAUCCAAAGUUCUUGGACCACCUCCACUCUCUGGCAGAAGAAGUAACAUGAGGAUAUCCAGUGAGACAAUAAGAUCUGUUGGGUCCAGAAAUAACAGAUCCUGCCAGCAGUCUGUGGUAGAGAAGUGUGCUAACAGUGCAGAAAUGUCAACCUUGCUGAUAUCUGAGUCUGAGGAGCAAGGAGAUAAAGAAAAUAUGCGCCAAAUAAAGCAAACUGUACCUAUUCAUGCCAAUCUACAUGCUAUGCAUCCACAUCCCCCUCAAGAACCAUCAACAGAUAAGAAUAAUAACAGGAGAAGAUUGCGGUUGAAAAGCACGAGCAGGGAAAAGACAGAGACACCCAGCGGCAGUUCUUCAGGAAAUAACAGGAAUGAAGGUAAAGCAACAACCUCCCUCACCACUGUGUCCCAACAAAGAGCAGAGACAUUGAACCCCAGCUCUCCAGCACGCCAGUCUCCUGAUCAAGCAGAUGAGUGGAUAUUUCCUGAAAAUGGUCAUCACAUUGCCCAUUUGGCGUCCAACAGACAGUCUCUACUUCUGGAUGAUAACUCCUGCCACACGUCACACUUAUGGCUAGAAGCCAGCAAGGAAGGUGAACAUGACCAACAGGCAGAGGAAACCCAGAUUGUUGCAAAGGACAUUUUCACUUUUUCAUCAAGACCACGAUCAGCACCUCAUGGAAAGACUCAGAAUGUGUCCCCAGAGGGGGGCUCAUUUAUUUUGGAUCUGAAAGAGGAUACCAGUGUGACAAGCAGUGACACCCAACUGGAGGAUGAUUUUUAUGGCGGUGACAGCAGCGAAGAGGAAUAUAACUGGAGAAACUAUCAGCCCAGCCAGAUGAGUGAAUCCGAGUUGCAAAUGCUGGCAAGCCUACGGCGGCAACAGAAUGAAGAACUGGAGGACGCUGGGGCUUCCCAUGGCCUGAGUGCAUCCCAGGUUGACAACUGUAAUGUCAGCAUAAGUAGCAGCAGUGAUGACACAACCACCUGGAACUCCUGUCUGCCACCCCCUGUCAACCAGGGUCGUCACUAUCAGAAGGAAAUGAAUCCACCUUCUCCUUCUAACCCCCGGGACUGGUUAAAUAUGUUGAGCCCACCAAUUGUUCCUCCCAGUCAACAGCCAACAGAGCAGCAUCCAGAUUCUUCUGGAAGUUUGAGUGCUCAAGGUGAAGAAGGCCUGAGUGCAGAAGAGGACGAGGAGGUGCUGACUCUGCUGUAUGACCCAUGUCUGAACUGUUACUUUGAUCCUCAGACUGGGAAAUACUACGAAUUGGUGUAACCCCUCCUUCCAAGGCAAAGAAUGGCCACCCCCAUGCAGAGCAGGAUAGGACCUCUGACUCUCUUAAGUUGGCAUCACAGUGUGUGUGUUGGGCAGGCCCCAUGGAAUCAAAAGUAACU